ACUACUCUCCAGCGCAAAGUUCGUUGCGACGAAACAAAGCCCGAAUGCAACACUUGUCUACGAAGAGGAACAAAAUGUCCAGGCUACAGGCCCGCCCAAUCAUUCAUCCUCCAUCAAUUCGACAAGGAGACCGAAAGGCCACAAUUGAUCAAGGAGGAUGAAGAGCGCUACCGAUAUGCUUAUCAGACGACGCCAUCAACGAGCUCGAACAUUUCAUCUAGAAACAAUUCUUCAGGAACACUGGUUGUUCAGCAAGAAAAUACGCCCGCUGAGACACAAGUACCGAAACAAGUCAGCUCGAUAGCCGUCGAUCGAAUCCAACAUUUGGGGACAUUCAUUCGGCUUUACCUACCAAGAGCUGAUGGCCCAGCCUUGCCGCCUCCGUCAGCCCUAAUGCUUGCGCUUCCGACCAUGCCCGCGAACAGCCAGGUACUGCUGGCUGCGAUUGAUGCACUAUCCGCAGCGCAGCUUGCUGUCAACGAUCGCAAUCGCACCUUGGUCAAUCGUUCUCGGUCGAUGUACGGUACAGCACUGAGCCAAAUGAUGAAAGCAAUUCAGGACCCAGUGUUGGCGUUGAAGGACGAGACCUUGCUCUCAACGUAUAUGCUUACUCUGUAUGAGGUGUUUGUUGGUGUCACUCAAGGACACGGUUUCUUCUACCACGUACAAGGACUGCUACACUUGAUUAGACAGCGGGGUCCAUCAUCCUUCACCACCAGGCUGAGCUUGCAGAUCUUCCACGCGAUUCGAUAUAACUCGUUGAGUAUCGGCUACCACAUGCGCAAAGCUUCGUUGCUUGACAGCCCCGAGUGGCUCGCAGUAACAGCACGCGCCGCCAAAACUGACCCCUACGUCGCCUUGAACGACAUCUGCAUAUGCAUCCCGCGCCUUCUGGAACGGACCGACAAGAUUGGAACCCCCGACUGUCCCCCAACUGAGAUUGACUCCGUAAUCGACGACUCCCAGAAGCUAGCAAACCGAGGCUUCGAAUGGCUCUCCGAUUUCGAAAAGUACGGCCCCCGCUACGACAAAGUUGACAUUGCAUCUAUGGAAGCCUUUCUCGAAGAAAUAUGUGCAGAUCGUGUCUUCGACCCCGUGUACAACUUCCACUAUUUCGGCGCGGGGAUCUGCUACAUGAUAUACUGGAUGAGCAUGCUAAUCAUGCAGUCCAACACGUUCAAGUUGCUGCGCACACACCGCCAACUCGAGCCCAAGCAACUCAUGGUGUGGGGACGCCAGCUAAGCGGGUAUGCGGACAACAUCUGCAAGAGCAUUCCGUUCCAUUGUAGACCGCAGACGGGGUAUACGGCGAAGUUUGGUAGUCUGACGCCGUUGGUGGUUGCGAGGAAGUUCUAUGAGAAUGCGCCAGGGAUGCAGCUCAAGGCAGAGUGGUGUGCGAAGGUGUACGUGGUGGCUAGGGUGCCGGGUUUGUAUCAAGAGGCGCCUGUACCGUUGGAGCCGUUCAAGGCGGUGCAGAGUACUGUGCAGCAGGGAAACAAG